AUGUCCGAGUAUUUUGGAUAUAAGGGCGCUGGCGUGAGAGGUCAAGUCAAACAUAGCAGCUUCGGAGGACCUCCAAGACUUUGGCGACAAUCUGCUUCGAAUUACGAAGUAGAGGGCACCGGCGUACCAAGGAGUCGAGUGAAACGUAAGCAGCUUCGGAGACCUCCAAGACUUUGGCGACAUCUGCUUCGAAUUACGAAGCAGAGUUUUGGAUAUAAGGGCGCUGGCGUGAGAGGUUCAAGUCAGAUGUGGAACCUUGGGAGACUUCCAGACUUUGGCGACAUCUGCUUUCGAAUUACGAAGCAGAGAUGUGGAACCUUGGGAGACUUCCAAGACUUUGGCGACAUCUGCUUCGAAUUACGAAGCAGAGUGACUACGGAGACGUUGGCCACAUGCAUCUGCUUCGAAUUACGGAGCAAAGGGUGGUACUUGACGAACGUCGGAGUGUUUAGGAUAGAAGAGCAGUGCCGUGGGAGGUCCAAGUCAAACGCGGUAGCUGUUUACUUUGGCGACUUCGAAGACGUUGGCAACAUCCGCUUCGAAUUACGGAGCAAAGAUGUAUGUUUGUACUUGAGGGAGGUUGGAGCGUUUGGGAUAGAAGGGCACUGGCGUGGGAGGUUCGAGUCCACUGUGGCACCUUGGGAGACCGGACUGGUGACUUUGGCAGCUUUAGCGACUUCUGAGACUUUAGACAUUAAGCUUAGAGACUGCAGAGACGUUGGCCACAAGCAUCUGCUUCGAAUUACGAAGCAAAGGGUCGUGCCUGACGAACAUCAGAGUGUUUUGAAUAGAAGAGCAUGGAUGGAAGAGCACUAG